UGUCAAAAGCUUGUUGCUCAAAGCUGUGUAAUGUCACAAAGUAAUGGCUGUUGGUAAAUGAGGUCCCCGUAGUUGGUGAGAUACUUCAGCUACCGUUUCGUUCGACAUCAAGCGGUUGUCGAGCGCUCGUUUUGGCCACACGGUUGGGGUUUGACUCGCCGCGUCUGAGCUGUGGUGCGUUGCCGCAUGCCCCCCUCCCCUUAUCCUGCUCCGACCAACCUCGCGGGCAGCGGUUCAUCCGCGGCGAUGAGCUCACCAAUAUAGGUGCCUUUAAGAAGAUAUCCACAGCUUGAAGUAGGAGGAAAGUCCGUUCUUUUUCUUUGGGGCCAGAAACAACAUCCAAGGGCCGCUUCUUUGCACAUCGUCAAAGAAGGAUAAGGGUAUAAAGAAGCACCUGGUCUCGCUUAGUUUCCAAAGCAAAGCCAGUGAGCGGUGGUGUACGAUGGAUGGGUGAUCUCCGAGCUCAGCGAACCUCCUUCGGAUCUUUCUAGCUCCAGCUCAUGGAGGACUCAUGUUUUAGGAGAGGAGUGUGAUCGGCCUUCAGCUUUCUGCACCGUGAUUGUCUUAUAAUAAAAACAGUUUAUGAUCAAAAACCUUUGGACAUGGCGUCGGGGAGAGAUACAAAAUGGCUGACCCUGGAAGUGUGUCGACAGUUUCAGCGAGGAAACUGUUCACGUAGUGACGAGGAGUGCAAAUUUGCUCACCCGCCAAAGAGCUGCCAAGUGGAAAAUGGGAGGGUCAUCGCCUGCUUCGACUCACUAAAAGGCCGAUGCUCUCGAGAGAACUGCAAGUACCUCCAUCCACCUUCCCACUUAAAGACUCAGCUGGAAAUAAACGGGCGCAACAAUCUCAUUCAGCAGAAAACAGCAGCUGCUGUGCUCGCCCAGCAGAUGCAGAUCAUGAUCCCUACAGCCAGUCUGCCGUCUGUGGGUCUUGGCACUAACUCUGGUCUCGGCUACGGUUCCUACUUGACGCCCCUAAGCCACGGGAUGGGCCUUCUUCCCACAGACAUCCUCCCCAACAGUCAGGUUCUCGUUUCAGGGAGCGCGCCUGUCACGGUUCAGAGCUCGCCUUCUUCCUCCUCUUCUUCGCCCUCCCAGAAGCUCCAGCGCACCGACAAACUGGAGGUGUGUCGCGAGUUUCAGCGAGGGACCUGCACUCGGGGAGAAACGGACUGCCGCUUUGCCCACCCCAGCGACAACCCCAUGAUCGAUAGCGUCGACAAUACCGUCACCGUUUGCAUGGACUACAUCAAGAGCCGCUGCAGCCGCGACAAGUGCAAGUAUUUUCACCCGCCUGCGCACUUGCAGGCCAAAAUUAAGUCCGGUCAACAUCAGACAGCCAUGGCGGCCCAGGCCACAGCUGCAGCCGUGACUCAGUCGACUGCCAAAGCAAUGAAGCGACCCCUCGAGGCAACUGUAGACCUGGGCUUCCCCCACAGCCUCCUGCAACCGCUACCAAAGAGGGCAGCUCUGGAGAAGAGCAACUGGGCCAGCUCAUUGCUCAGCCCCAGUUUGUUGCACUACCAGCAGGCUCUGGCCAGCACGCAGUUGCAGCAGCCCACGGCCGCAUUCUACCCCGCAGGGUCUGUUUUCUGUAUGGCUCCUGCGAACAGCGUCGAUCAUUCUCAAGUAACCGCCAGAAACAGGUGCCACCCGGAUCCCGAGCAGCCCGUCUGUACAUACAGUGUUCACAGCGCACGUCACCUACAGCAAGCCGCAUGCUGAUCAAGGACCACCAGUGGAGUUCAUGGCCACACACAGUCCGGUAUCCCAUUAAGGUCACACACAAGACCCUACUCAUGGAAUACCGUACAUGCAUUGUAAUUACGGAAGAAGUAACAGAAGCAUCUAAACCGCGUUGUACUGGAAGAUACUAACAGAUAGACGUGUUAGCUGAAAUUCUAACAAUGUAAAUCGUCACGUCAAAUGUGCAUCAUGGCAGCACCCGCUGUAAAAGGGGUCACAGCCAUGUUAGAGAUUGUUCACUUUCUUGAAUGCAUUGUUUCAGUCAUGAUUGUUUGACCUUGUGCCAGAUUCAAUUGUUUUAUUAGUGAAAAGCACUUAUUUUAAUUUAUAUCAAUAUAAAGAAGGCUCUGGGUGUACAGGCUUUUAUUCACAGUGAGCAGUGCUCCUCCACCUGGUGUGCCUUUGCAUUGCAUUGAAAGUCUGUUUGCCGCUCUUGACCCAAACAAGUGUGCUAGUUAAGGCCACAGAGUUAACCUUUUGUUUUUUUUCUUUUCCUCCCCUCAAAAGAAAAUUGGGUCAGAAUGACAGGUAUUUUACAUAACCGUCGUAGAGUUUAUCCAGUGUAUAUUCAAAUAGAAACGUGAUCCUGCGAGGACUGAACUAAUUUGUAACCGUUCAGUUUUGAAUGUUACAAGUGCCUAAAGAGUCGUCAUAUUUAAGGGGCUUCGAAUGACAUUGUCCUGUAUUUAAAAAAA